GGCGCCUCUUCCAGACGUGCGACGGCGACGGGGACGGUUACAUCAGCAGAAAUGACUUGCUAAUGGUGUGUCGCCAAUUGAAUAUGGAAGAGUCUGUGGUUGAGAUCAUGAACCAAUUGGGAGCAGAUGAAAAUGGGAAGAUUUCCUUUCAGGAUUUCACAAGAUGCCGCAUGCAGCUCGUUCGAGAAAUUAGAAAGGAGGAAGUAGACCUUUCUACAAAAUCAGACAACUCAUGUACAAAGAAGCUCAGGGACAGAAUUGCUUCCUGGCCCACAAGCAGUGACAACAGUUUGGGUGCCUUAUCAGCAGCCAAGGAGAGCUGGGAAUACGAUUCUGGUGCCAGGGACCUUCAGAGCCCGGAUGUGCAGAGCCAGUCAGCCCUCCAGAAGCUGCUCGAGUAUGGCGGAAGCUCUUUGCAUCAGCAGGCUGCCCUCCACAAACUGCUCACACAGUCCCUGCAUGUUGGCAACUCUGUAGGAGGAAGCUACCUAGAGCUGGCCAACACGGUGGCUUUUCCUGUUUCUUCUCCCCCUCCUGGACUCGGGUCCUUAAUUACUAUUGCAGAGAACUGGAAGGAUGCCUGCUCUCCCUGCACGGUCUUCUCUGCUCGGCCUCCAGGCUCCGCCCCCGCCUUUUCUCCCUGUAGCCCCGCCUCCUCCGCGCACCCCGUGGCCAGCAGCUAG